AUGGUUACAGGUCAUGGUCGUAGGAAACGAGAGAGGGGGCAGCGGGUGGGGGAACUGUUUAAGGAACUGCGAGAACUGGAGUUGCUGCACAAGCAAUCACUGGCCGUCCUUACCUAUCGCAGGCUGAUACGGGUGCGGGAAGAGCUUAACGAUCUUCUGUUUGCAAAAACUAAACAACGUUUGUUGCGGGGUAAACGUACUCUCUACGAGUAUUCAAACAAACCUGGCAGGCUACUGGUCAGAGCUCUUAGGGGCCUGCAAACCAAAACUUUUAUCCCACGUAUCCAGUCUUCCACGGUAUGGUUACAGGUCAUGGUGGGGGACUUUGGAGAUUUGGAUUUCAAACUGUAUGAUGAGCAGCAAGGCCCAGACUGUGGGAGGAGCCCAAGGAGUGACAAGAGGCAGAGACUGCUAUCCCGGCCACACACCGAGAGAGUCCGACUGCACAGAAUUCAAGAACUGGAAGACAUUGGCUACCCAACUGUCUCCGCUGGAAAACAGUCUGCUUGUAAGUGUAUUACUAUAGAGAACCAUACAGCUAUAGACAACAAGAUAGAAAAAGCAUCAGAAAUUCAGAAGCAGAUUAAUAAGAUAUUCAGUCAUAUAGAUGCAAUGAUGCCUAAGGUGACUUUUGUCCAUAUUGACAACACAACAAGUGCCAUCAAGAGCAAAAUGUUCAUAAAAAGUCCCCAAAAAAACUAUUGUGUUGGAGACAAAUUAAUAGUACAAGUUAAUGCGUAUGACCAUUUAGGCAAAAAGAAAACCUAUGGAGGAGACUAUCUAAGAGCAAUAAUUUCCAAUCCUGAUUUACAAGCAGGAGCUUCUGGAAGGAUUGAAGACUUUAAGAAUGGGACAUACCACGUUUAUUUCACCUUAUUUUGGGAAGGUGAAGUAGUGGUAAGAGUGUUUCUCAUGCACCCAAGUGAAGCCGUUUCGUCACUCUGGAAGUCACGAAAUAGCUGGUAUGGGAAUGUUGGCUACUUGUGCAAAUUCACUAGUCCAGGCAAACAAGUAGAAACCAACUGUGGCUUUAAUCUCAGUAAAGAAGAAAAACUGUGUACAUAUAUAGAUGAGAGAGAUGAGGAAUACUUCUACUCUGUCAGACCCCAGAAUUUCAGUUGUGAUUCAUUAACAGAAUUCAAGAACUGGAAGACAUUGGCUACCCAACUGUCUCCGCUGGAAAACAGUCUGCUUGUAAGUUCACGUGUCAGAGUGGAAAUUCCACAGCAAAUUUCUGAGUUUAACGUAUCUCGGUGUGGCAGUAAUUUAGAAACAAAAGAAAAAUGCAAAACGGGAGGGAAAUUAGAAUACCCCAGUGGAUAUUUUAUGAAGGACAUCUGGUACCCGAAGACUUGCAGCAUGCAGACCUACCACCAAGCAGAAGAACUAAAUGCUUGCAUGACGGGAAAAUUCUUCUACAUGUUUGGGGACUCAACCACCCAUCAGUGGAUCUUUCAGUUUGAAACCAAGUUGAAAAAUAUAAAAUUCCUCAAUGUCUAUGAAAACGGAUGGUCACAAAAGCAUUUAGCUGUUGAUACUGAAAGAAAUAUCCAUGUUCUUUGGAAACAUCAUGCAAGGCCAUUUAUUUAUCUAGGAUUUACAACCCUCAGAGAAGAGCGCACCAUCCCACAUGAAAUUGACUUAAUAGGAGGGAACCAGUACACCAUAAUUGCUUUCAACAUUGGGGUGCAUUUCAGAUUAUUUCCUGUUCAUCAUUAUAUCAAGAGGCUGUACAACAUCCGACGUGCUAUAGAGCGCCUUUUUCUGAGAAGUCCAGAAACUAAAGUUAUCAUCAAGACGGAGAAUACAAGUGAAAUGCAAGUAGAGUAUGAAGGAAUGAGUGAUUUCCAUGCAUAUGUUCACUACCUUAUUAUGGAAAUAAUCUUUAAAGAUAUCAAUGUUGGUUUUAUAAAUGGUUGGGACAUGACUACUGCAUUUCAUUCUAAUCAGAUUCAUCCUCCACCAACUUAUGUGAGAAAUGAGAUCAACAUGAUGAUGACAUACAGCUGCAGCUGA